AUGUCAAUCGAAUUACGGUCCCCAUACUCGGGGUCGCUCAAGGAGUGCAUUCAGGAUCUGGUGGUGCGGUUCAUCAUCAACGUCCCCAAAGAAGACCUGCAGACGAUCGAACGAAUCUUCUUCCAGAUCGAAGAGGCCCAAUGGUACUACGAGGACUUUGUGCGAGAACUCAACCCCAAGCUGCCCUCCCUAAAGAUGCCCAAGUUCGCUCAACACAUCUACGAGUACUGCCCCCAGCUGUGGAACAUCAAAGACAUCAAGUCGUCAAUCAAGACCUUCAGAGACUACAAGCUCGCCAUUCCAGUGUGCGGAGCUAUCAUCAUGACGCCCAAAAUGAACAAGAUUCUUCUUGUGCAGGCCUACGACGGAAACUCGUGGGGUUUUCCCAGAGGAAAGAUUGGCAAGGACGAAUCUAAGGAAGAAUGCGCAGUACGAGAAGUGUACGAGGAAAUUGGCUUCGAUAUUUCGCCUUACCUCAAACCCGACAAGUACGUGGACAUUAGAAUGAAGGGCAAGGACUUCCGGCUGUAUUUAGUGAGAGGUGUACCUCAGGAUACCGUGUUUGAGACACAGACUCGAAAGGAAAUUUCGAAGAUCGAAUGGCGUGAUCUCAAGAGUAUGCCUGGAUAUGCCCGAAAGAAGGGCUCCUCCAACCAUUUCUUCAUGGUCACUCCCUUUGUGCCUGGGCUGUUGAAGUUCAUUGCCCAGGAGAAGGGUCUGGAGGUCAAUGACGUGGGAGAAACCGACAAUGUGGGCGAGACUGAUGCUACAGAGUCAGCAGUGGAGCCUGCCAACCCCACACCUGAACCCGUUAACCAGACGUACAACCAAAACCAGAACUCAACCCCUGCCCCUCCUUCAAACCUGCCGUUUGCUCCCCCUCCUUUCUUUGGCAACUUUGGCCCUACUCCCUUUGCACCACCCGGUUUUGGACCUCCCCAAGGCUUCCCCAUGCCAUUCAUGGGUGCUCCAGGACCCGGUAUGCCUCCUCCCGCUCAGUUUUCCCAGUUCCAGCAGAUGCCCCAGUUUCAGGAGUUUCAAGAGGAGCUCCAAGAAGCUGUUGGAGAGCCGGAACCUGUUCAGGAAGUUGCUGCCGAGGUGGCAAAGCCUGUCGAGCCUGUGGUUACACCCAGGGCCCCCCCUCCUCCUUCCCAGCUGCUGCUGGAAGGUGCGCUUCGUGCUAGAAAGAGAGACAUGUCCAAUGCUCACUCUUUGCUGAGCACGCUGAGAUCAGGAGGUCGCGCAUCUUCUCCCGGUGCCAGCCAUAUGAACGCAAACGCUUCCUCGGGCAAGGCAGAGUCGCUCAUGGCUCUACUUAACAACCCUGCUUCUUCCAGCAAGCCGGUUGUUCGGGAUCUCGACUCUACCAAGCCCAAGGCCUCUUCUGGCCUGUUGGCUCUUCUGAAUACUCAACCCAAGCCUCCUCAGAAGGAGGAGAAGAAGACUAAGCCCAGUGAUGCUCUUCUUGGCUUGUUGACUAAAUCCAAAUCGACAGAUUCAGAACCCGAAACCCAGGUGAACACACGCGUGCCUUCUCAGGUUCCCAGUCCUAGCAACGGUUCUGCUGAAGUGACCAACCUCAACCCCGUUCACACCCAGGAAGUCAUCCAUAGCCCUGCUUCUUCCACCUCGGCUAUCGCCAGCCCUGCCAACCCCAGCCCUGGGCCACUAGUCAACCCCAGCCCUGUGUACCCUGCUCAGUCGUUGCAGAGUCCAAACCCGGUUGGUACUCAGGUCUCAAGUCCCAACCCUCAGACCUACCCCAACAAUCCUGGCUACCCCAACUCGGCUUCUACCUCAGGCCUAAUUUCGUCUGUGCCCUCGGAAGUUGAUAUGCUCCGUCUGGUUUCCCCCCAGGGAGCCACGCCUCAAGGAACUACUCCCCUGCCCAUCUCCGAAGCUGAAUUGGUGGCUUCCCUGACCUCUCAGGUCUCUUCGCCCCAGAUUGGAACUCCUCUCACCGAGCAGGAUCUCAUUAGAUCUCUCCAAUCGCAGUCAGCCACUCAGCUACAGGCCCAGCUUGAAGGUACAAGCGAAGGAGGCGAUGGUCUUGGACUGAAGGCAGAUGGCGGAAGCGGAAACGGACUGCUUUCGUCCAUGGGUCAUCUGCAUAUGCCCUCUCAGCCCACUUCUGAGUACGUCUCUGAAGUGGAGUCUGUUCCUCCUGCUCUUGCUCCCAAACCCGUCCGUGCAGUGCCGAAGCCCUUGUCCGAGGCUGAUCUCAUUAGCCAUCUGAAGGCUCAGAAGCUCGAUGAUGACGACAGCGAUAUGAGCCGAGACAUUAGGGAUAUUGAUGCCGGAUUUGGACGAGACAGUUCCCGUUCUCGUGAACUCCGGGAGGAGUCGCGUCAUCGUAAAUCUCGUGACAGUCCUCGUGAAGUGACAAAGGCUUCGCCUGUCUCUUCUCAGCUAGAUGCUGAGUUAUUGGCUCUUCUCAAGCCCUCAACUCCCCCUCUCCCUUCGACCAAGACCGAAGACAACGAACUCAUGGGUCUUUUGAAGGGCGGUAGUGAGUGGAGACCCAGAAAGAGUGCAAAGCCCAAAUCUGAGCACAAGCCCAAGGUCGAGGUCCAAACCAAUCAGCCUGUUAACGAGCUCAUGUCUCUGUUGAAGAGCCCUUCUGCUGUUUCUUCAACCACCGCCACUCCUACCACCCCUCAUCCCAACCCUGUUCCUGUUCAAGCAGUUCAAUCUGGAUCGAGUGAGCUGUUGAGCAUGCUGAAGGGUAACCAGCAGCAACAGCCGCAUUACCAACAGCAGAAGGCUCAACAUCAACCUCUGGCUCAGCCUAAAAAUGAGCUCUUGGACAUGUUGAAGGGGAGUGGACCAUCCCAGGUUCAAAGCCCAGUUCAGCCUCAGCCUCCUCAGUCGUCUCAGCAGCCCAACGAGCUUCUGCAGAUGCUCAAGGAUGCUGGAUCCGGUGGCUCUCCUGCCCCCGUGCAGCAACCUGCUUUCCAAGACCCUGCCAUUGUGCAACAGUCCAAGCCCUCCGCUUCGGGGUCGCUUCUGUCCUUGUUGAACCGUGGUAAGUAG